GGAGAAGAAAAGAAAGGGAAAGAAAGAGAGAGAGAGAAAGAGAGAAAGGUGAUUGUCGAACAUCUGUCACCAAGCGCGAACGCUAACUUCGUUCAGUCCCGAAAACCGCGAUACUGUCAUGGCACCCGCUUUUGUGAUUUUUUGAGGCGGCCACGUACAUACAUACGUGCAUAAACGCGAAUUCGGAUUGCGGUCGGUGAUUUUAUACAAGACGAAUCUCUCGCCUCCCUCCCCGCGUUACAGACGCUAUUAAAUCAUGAGCUCAGGUAGACCAAUAAAAUGUGUAGUAGUAGGAGAUGGAACAGUAGGAAAAACCUGUAUGUUAAUAUCGUACACAACGGACAGUUUUCCAGGAGAAUAUGUACCUACUGUGUUUGAUAAUUACUCUGCACCCAUGGUUGUUGAUGGAAUUCCAGUUAGUCUAGGAUUAUGGGAUACAGCAGGACAGGAAGAUUAUGACAGACUUCGUCCUCUCUCCUAUCCUCAAACAGAUGUGUUUCUCAUUUGUUUCUCAGUAACGAGUCCUUCAUCAUUUGAAAAUGUAACCAGUAAAUGGUAUCCUGAAAUAAAACAUCACUGCCCAGAUGCACCAAUGAUACUCGUUGGAACUAAAAUAGACUUACGAGAUGAUCGUGAAACGCUUACUGCCUUAGCUGAACAAGGCCUUAGUGCUAUUAAGCGUGAGCAAGGACAGAAAUUGGCAAACAAGAUUCGUGCAGUGAAAUAUAUGGAGUGUUCCGCUCUCACACAACGUGGAUUGAAGCAGGUAUUCGAUGAGGCAGUACGCGCUGUUUUAAGACCUGAGCCGCAAAAACGUCGACAAAGGAGGUGCAUUAUGUUAUAAACGAUAAAAGGAAUUGCGAAGAAAAUCAGCAUAACUAAACGUAACGUAUAUAAUAUAGCAACAGAUCAAAAUAGAUCUGAUAAUUGAACGCAAAGAAAAAUAUGAAUGUUUUUAAAGAGAAGA